AUGCUUGAGUAUCAGCUCCCCAGCGAUGACUUCGACGCCCUAAUAUCCGUCACCAGCGACAGCGGCCUAAACAGCCUGAUGCUUGAGUAUGAUAACCUCUACAGAGAUUCUCCUAAAACUGCUCGGAUGAGAUUAUUCAUCUUCAUUGGUAACGGUCCUAAUUCUGCGUCCACCCAACCUUUCCCAGCUAAACUGAAAUCCAAAGUCAACGGCGGUGCUAUUGUUCCUCCGCGAAUUACGCCGGUGAAGUUCCAAGAUCUGCCACCGGUUAACAAUUUUAAUACCUCAGACCGGGUGUUGGAUUCGGAUCCAAAAGUGAAUCGACCGGUCGAAGAUUCCGGUUCUUCCCGUUUGAAUAGUCCAUUACCUGCUUUACAGUAUGAUGUUUCCAUAAGCUUCAGAGGCGAGGAUACACGCGCAAGCUUCACUUCCCAUCUUUUCAAAGCCCUGUCCCGAAAGUAG